UAAGUUAACAGCAUGACCAUGACUUGCAGAACAUCUCUCUUGGGUUGGACACAUAAAAGAAAGCCAAAGACACAAACAGAGAAGAGAAAAUAUGUCCACUGAAUGUCAGGAAAAUAGGAAGAUGGUUUCACUUGUGUCCUUCUAUUUGCUGAGUGUGUGGCUCGGUUUUUUGUGUGUGAUUUUUGUGUGGCUGUGGAGUGGAACAUGGAGGGGAGGAUUUGCUUGGGACGGUUCUUUUCUGCAGUUUAACUGGCACCCGGUACUGAUGGUGACGAGUCUCGUGGUGCUGUAUGGAAAUGCCAUCGUCCUGUACCGUGUUCCUCUAACCUGGAGCAGAUGGAGGUGUAAGUUGUCCCACGCAGGGCUGUUGUCUGUGGCAGUGGUGUUAUCUGUGCUGGGCGUGUGUGCAGCAUUUGAUUUUCACCGCGGCAACAACAUCCCUCAUUUGUAUUCACUACACAGCUGGAUUGGGAUCUCCACAGUGGCCUUAUUCACUCUGCAGUGGUUUGGGGGUCUUUGUGCCUUCUUGUUACCCUGGAGCCCUUUGGCUUUUAGAGUCUGUCUAAAACCUCUCCAUGCCUGGAUAGGAACUGCCAUCUUCAUCAUGAGUCUUAUCGCCAGCCUGUCCGGGAUCAAUGAGAAACUACUGCUGACACUAAAUGGGAGAAAUGGAAGCUAUACAGAACCAUAUACGGCGCUGCCUGGUGAAGCUCUGUUUGCAAACUCAUUAGGCAUUUUAGUUGUUAUUUUUGGACUGGUUGUGCUGAGAAUUCUGUCCAAUCAUAAAUGGAAGAACCCAGAGUUUGAAAAUGAAACUAACAGGCCUUUGCUGCCAGAUGCCAGAUGAAGAGAUCAAGAAGAUACUGUGCAUCGGAAUUCAGCUCACUGGUUUUAUGUUUAGACCUUUUACACCAACCCACCUGAGUGACAGACUUGUACCUUGUCAGUUAGAGACAGACCUCUUGUGGUUAGCCAGAAAAUUGCAAGAAAAUGUACCUUAAUAAAUUGUUGAGUCUACAAGGAA